AGACAACGUUUUUCCGCCUUGUGCGGUGUUUACGUCGCAAAGACUCGCGAAAAGUCCAAAAUGCGUUUUACAAUUUAUAAAAUUUAGUCAUGUGCUCCAGUUCUUCAAAUUAAUCAUCAUUUACAUUUAUUUGUACAUCAAUAUAAGAUCGGUUUUGUAAUACAAUAAAUUAUUUUUUAUACAUCUUCAAAUGAAAUUUUAAAAAAUCAAAAAGUAUUUUCUAAAGUUUUGGAAGGAUUACAUUUUUUUAUCAGUAUGGAAGAUCCGAAGGAUAACCGUAUCCUCUACAAAUUGGUGCUUACUGGAGGUCCAUGUGGAGGCAAAACAACAGGCCAGGCAAGACUGUGUACUUUUUUUGAAAAUCUAGGAUGGAAGGUUUUCCGAGUACCUGAAACAGCUUCAGUCCUUCUGGGCGGAGGCAUAAAGUUUGCAGACCUGAAUGAACAUGAGAGUGUGAAAUUCCAAGAACAUUUAUUGAAAACUAUGCUGCAGAUUGAAGAAACCUUUUUUGAACUUGGGAAAACCUGCAAACGAAACUGUCUUAUAAUUUGUGAUAGGGGGGCUAUGGAUGCUUCAGCAUUUGUUGCCAAAGAAGCAUGGGAGAAUAUUAUGAGACAUAACGCCUGGAACAAUGUAGAAUUAAGGGAUAACAGGUAUAACCAAAUAAUACACAUGGUAACAGCGGCAAAAGGUGCGGAAGAAUUUUAUUCUACAGAGGAUCACAACUGCCGCUCCGAAGACGUGGAACUAGCCAGGAUAGUUGAUACCAAAGCAGCCGCUGCGUGGGUGGGCCACCCAUACUUCGACGUCAUCGACAACUCUACGGACUUCGAGGGAAAAAUUAGAAGGAUGAUCGUAUCAGUGUGCCAUAAAAUCGGCUUGGAUACCGGCGACAGAUUGCUGAAAAACUCCAGAAAACACAAAUUUUUGGUCGAGGGACCUCUGCCGGACGACUUGCUCUUCCCGCCAUUUCAGGAUUUCGAAGUUGUGCAUAACUAUCUGCAAUCUAAUUCACCUAAUCAAGUUAGAUUGAGGAAGAGAGGUCAGAAAGGUCACUACAGUUACAUCCAUACCGUGCGCAGACAAAAUCAUCCCGGGGGCCAAGUGAUCGAGGUGAAAACGCAGAUAGCUCAUCGUGACUACAUCAAUUUAUUGACACAAAAGGACAAAACUCAUUUCACCAUCUACAAAAGACGCAGAUGCUUUAUCGAGAACAAUCAGUACUUCCAAUUGGAUAUCUAUCAGCAGCCAAGUCAUCCGAGAUGCCGAGGUAUGAUCCUCUUGGAAACUUAUUCGGCUCUGGAUGACGAGCAGUUAUUAAAAACUCUACCAAGCUUCUUAAAUAUCAAGAAAGAAGUGACAGGAAAUCCGGAUUAUUCCAUGUUCAACUUAUCACUCAGGGAAGACUGGAAAACAUCUAAAAAGUUCUGCAGAUCAGUUACAGAUUCGGAUUUUUCGAAAUUAUCAACUUCUGAAAACCAUGAAGCUACUAUGAAACAGCUAUACAACAACGUGAAUCAUGGUAAUCUCAAUGGAAAACCGAUGAACGGAAAAGCUUAAGUGUGAUUUUAUUCUAUUAAGUUUUAGGUACUUAGUAUUUUUACCAUAUCUGAUCAUUUUGUAAUAUUUUUGUUUACUUAAUACUAUUUCGUUUGUCUAUUUUGCGGAAUUUGCAGAAGGAAAUGAAAAUGAAUGUAAGUUAGCUGCAUAUUUGCAUGAUCAGCUGCGUAUUCUUGUCAGUUUUAUAGGAUAGAGGAGAAACUAUUGAAAGUUCUUCAAACAUUUGUAUUUGUUUGACGCGUGGAUAUUAUCAAGUACUUAUUUCAUACUGUUUCUUUCUAUGAAGUAGAAAGUAAAACUUUAAACGAUCUCUCCUGCCAUCCGUCAGUCUCUUAAAGGCCAGUUAAAAACGAUGUUUGCAAUGAUGUGUAAGCAAAAUAUGUGGCUUUUUUGAGGAUAUGCGGAAGAUGGGGAUAGAUUAAUUUUUCAUAAAAGUAAAUCUUCCAAAAUAGACUAACGAGUCAUGAAUAUUUUAAUAUUUUCUCUGAUAACUCUUUACGUUGUGUUAGUAAUAUUUUGAUUUUGAGAUAAAAAUCUGAAGAGUUUAAUGGACGUUAAAAAUUAAUUUCGCUGCAAAAGUGUAAAAUCAGUAUUUUAAAUUAUUUUUCUUGUUUACUUUUUUAAUUUUAGUUUGAGAUGUACCUGCUUGAAAAGAAAAUCUUAAUAUUGUCAACAUUACACCAUAGUGGAGUAAGUCAUAUUUUUUGGAACGUUUAGAUAAUUAAAGGUCUUUGUCGGUAGAGGAACUGGUUUCAAACAGCUGCUACUUGACGAAAAAAAAAAACAACUAAAAAAGUAUUAAUAUCGAUAUAUCAAAUGACGUAGGUGGUAUAUCGAUAUUGAUCGAUAUAUUAUUCCUGGUCUGUGAAUUUCGGUUUUGUAUUUUAUUACUUUACAUACACUACUACAUACAUUUUUUCAUAACUUUUCCUUUUGCUUUCUUUAUGGUGUGAAAAAGUAAUUUUCUUCCCUUAAUUUCACAAGGACAAAUUUUUUUGAAUUUAUAUCGUAAAAAGUUACUUUUCAAUCUGGAAUCCGAAACGUCGAAUAAACAAUAUUAUUGUUUAAUUGUUGUCUAUUCUCAAAGAGAUAUUUUACAUCAAAGGUUCACAAGAAAAAAAUUUCAUAAUAUAGGAAAGUUGUUGAUCCUAGUCCUAAGAUACUUUCGUUUCUUUUUGUGUACCUAUCAUCCGCUAAAUUGUGAUAAAAUUGUUUUGUAAAAGGACACAUUUUUUGAAUUUAUAUCGUAAAAAGUUACUUUUCAAUCUGGAAUCCGAAACGUCGAAUAAACAAUAUUAUUGUUUAAUUGUCGUCUAUUCUCAAAGAGAUAUUUUACAUCAAAGGUUCACAAGAAAAAAAAUUUCAUAAUAUAGGAAAGUUGUUGAUCCUAGUCCUAAGAUACUUUCGUUUCUUUUUGUGUGCCUAUCAUCCGCUAAAUUGUGAUAAAAUUGUUUUGUAAACAGUUUUAAACAAAUUAAACAGUUACUGAGUGGUUGAGUGGAAGGUCCAGAAGAAGCUGAAUUAAAGAAAGAGGAUCCCCGAUAAGAAUUUCUUAGUGAGAAAAGGUUUUUCAUUUUCGAUUUCGCGGUUUCUAAAGAUGUUUAAACGUAAACCCCCUCAUAAUAGUAGCAGCACUAACCAGUUGUUCUGUGGAUGAACUUGCCCUAAUUAAAAGUUCUUUGGUUACUUAUUAGAUGAUCUAUUAUAAAAGAGUAGUUAAAUAAUAGUGUGAUACUUAUUUUUGGAUAAUAUUGUAUAGCAAUCUCCACUAUUCAUAGACAUAUUUUAUUAUAGAUGUGAUUUUCAUUGACUAUUUUUUGUAGUAGUUGAGAACGUCUUGUAGAAUCUCUUUCACCAGAUUUCUUAAGUUUAAAUAAAGACCUGUCCUCAGUACUUUGACUAAAACAAUGUAAGAUUGUUUGCAAUAAAUAGUUUUAAUGGCCGUAAAUAACUAAGUAUGCAUGAACAGUACAUUCAGUGAAUAUAAGCUCCUUAAGAAUAAAACGAGCGUUUUUAAGCGAUCAGUUAUUUCCACCUUAAAGGGAUUGUGACUGUAGAGACAUUGUGACAAAGAACAGAUGUCAAACAUCAUAGAGUAAGUGACUUAUGACACUGACAGUUAGCGUAUAGUGUCAAAGUCGCUGUAUUGAAAAAGAGCGUCUCUAAUAACAAUUAUUAAUUGUCUUAGUAAACAUUAUGUAUAUUAUUUAUGAAAGGGUUUUCAAUUAAAAAUCACAAUAUUUAAUUAAUUACCUUCUUAAACGUUAUUCCUUCUACUUUUAUGCUCUUGGUAUAUAGCAUGAAACAAGUUGUCAGACAAUGCCAUACCUGCGGUAUUGACAGAGUGCUUUUCUAAUUGACUAUUUUUAAUCAUUUACUUUUCAGUUAUUAUAGACGGCACUGGCAGUAUGUAGACAAUUAAAUAGUUUGUUUUAAAACAAGUACUUAUAAUGGAAAUUCAAAAUAUGUACUGAAUUUCCUAUUUAAAAGCUGCUCCGAUCUGCUUUUAGGCUUAUUCUUUGUGGUAUAGUUGUCAAGUCGCAUAGUACAGGUAACAGACAAUACUGAAAAUAGACAGACUAUAUCGUCAUAUGGAAGAGGGCUUGUCAACGACCAAGUGUAACUGUAAACGCAACUCGGUACUUACAUAGAAUACCUACCAACUAUUGACCAAUAUCUGAUCGUUUGUAUAUCAUAUAAUAUAUAUAAGUAUAUAUAUAUAUAAUAUAUAUAUUAUAUAUAUAUAUAUAUAUAUAUAUCAUAUUAUAUUAUAUUAUAUAUAUAUAUUAUAUAUAUAUAUAUAUAUAUAUAUAUAAUGUUUUAUCCAGGGCGCAAAUCAAGGAAUGUACUGUAUUUAUUUUUGUGCCUGUGACUUUCAUCGUGGACAGGUUUAAAGUCUUUAGAUUUAUAAACUAGUCCUAAGAUUUAAUCGAUGUUAGAUAGACUUUUUAGCUGAUUUAUUUCUGUUGAAAUGUUGAUACGAUAUAAAGCAGGAUUUUAAUGGAGAUCUGGUUAAAGCUGAUGGCCUUCUGUGUCAAUUUCAAUACCAAACUGUACUUAUCAACAGAGCACCUGUUUAUAAUCGAAGGUUUAUAUCUGUAAAAAUAUCUACAUAAUAAAGAAUUGAAUGG